AUAAAGCCCACAUGUAAGGAGUACAGUACAGUCCAAUGUCCAACGAAGAAUCCACCAAACCCCUCCGCCUCCUCUCCCUCGACGGCGGCGGCAUCCCCGCGCUCAGCCAACUCACCAUCCUCAAAUCAAUCACCCUCGCCAUCCAGCAACAGCACGCCCUCGCGGAACCCCCCCGACCCCACGAGAUCUUCGACCUCAUCGGCGGCAGCGGCCACGGCGGGCUCCUGGCGCUGCUCCUAGGCCGCCUCCGCCUCAGCAUCGACGAGACCCUCACCGAGUACCGCCAGCUCGUGGAGCGGGUGUUCUCCCACCGGAAACGCCACCGGGGCGGGAGCGGGCAAUACAGCGCCCGCGCGAUGGAGGCGGCGAUCAAGGACCUCGUGGGUCGGUACGCUACUCCCCAGGACCCGGAUGCGGAGACGAUGCUGCUGCUCGAGGACAACGAGAAUCACGCUGAGGGGGAGAGGGAAACGGGUGGUAAAGUCUUUGUCUGCGUGCGCAGCACGCAGGCGAUGGAGCACGCGCGCCUGUUCUGCUCGUAUCGGACGUAUCGGGCGGGCGACGACCCGGACCUAACGGUCUGGCAGGCGGCGCGGGCGGUGACGGCGCAUCCGGGGCUGUUCAAGCCCGUGCGGAUCGGGGGCGAAGAGUUUGUGGAUGGGAGUCUUGGAACCAAGAAUCCGUGUCGACUGCUGCUCGACGAGGCGAGGCGGCUGUUUGGCGGCGAGCGGCGGCCCGUGGGCUGCGUGCUGAGUCUGGGGGCCGGGAAGCCCCCGCCGGUGCAGCUGGGAAGGCCGGGGCUCUUCCAGCGGCUGCUGCCGACGAAGAUUGUCUCGGUGGUGGAGGCGCUGAGCUUCGAGGCGGAGACCGUUGCACAGGAUCUGGAAGGCAGGUUUGAGAAGUCGCCGGGCGUCUAUUUCCGCUUCAAUGUUGGGGAGAGGGUGGCGGGCGUGGGGAUGGCGGGCGUGGGGAUGGCGGACUGGGAGCGGUUGAGUGAGGUGGAGAGUCAGACGGUCGACUAUCUGGCUGCGUUUGAGGUGGAGAAUACAGUAUUACGGGCCGCGGAGGCAUUGUAUGGCAAGGCAGUGGAGAAAGGGACAGACACGGUGGUGACAGUGUUUGAUUUGUGA